UCACUGCAAGCUUCCUGGCCCUCGGAUCAACUGUUUUGAUCCGAUCUGGCCCUCUGACAAAGGAGGACUUUCUCACCUAGGCUAUAGGACAGAAUAUUCCGAGACGGACUCGCUCUGAAGUGUUUGAGGUGUGAGCAGGUGAACAUUGCGCUCGAACUGACGCUGGAGAUUUGCGCUUGGACAAUGCUUGCAAUUAGUAGGGGAAUACAUUUAUUAUCAUCGUUUCAGCCCGAAAAGAAAGUGUGCGUGGAUUUUUAACUGAGGAGCCUUCUGAAACCUCAUCACACCGCGUCGGUCAUCUCUUCUUCAAAGCUGUGGAGGAGGGCAGUGCCUUCGGGUGUUUGCGAAGUGCUUUAGCUCGCCAGCUCAGUUUUUUUUUUUUUUCUUAAGUUCAAAAAAGUGCACCCAAACGCGCAGGACAGGGCUUAAAUGUUCGGGAUCCAGGAGCAUCUGAUGCGAGAAGUGAGCGGAUUAAAAGAGAGAAGUCUUGGAGAGGAGAUGGAUCCCGUUCGGUCGUGGGUGCGUAAUGUCGGGGUUGUGGAUGCGAACGUAGCGGCGCAAAGUGGAGUUGCUUUGUCAAGAGCUCAUUUUGAGAAGCAGCCGCCCUCAAAUCUCAGAAAGUCCAACUUCUUCCACUUUGUCCUGGCGCUCUAUGACAGACACGGCCAACCUGUGGAGGUGGAGAGGACUUCGUUUGUGGACUUUGUUGAGCAUGACAAGGAGCAGACGGGAGAAAAGACCAACAACGGCACUCACUACAAGCUACAGCUCCUCUACAGCAACGAAAAAGAAAUGUGCAGAGUUCUGCUUACACACGAGGUUAUGUGCAGCCGCUGUUGUGAGAAGAAAAGUUGUGGCAACCGAAACGAGACGCCCUCUGACCCAGUCAUCAUUGACAGGUUUUUCUUGAAGUUUUUCCUGAAAUGUAACCAGAAUUGUCUGAAGACAGCGGGAAACCCGAGGGAUAUGAGGAGAUUUCAGGUGGUCCUGUCCAGCACUGUGAGUGUGGACGGCCACGUCCUAGCAGUGUCCGACAACAUGUUCGUCCACAACAACUCAAAACACGGUCGGAGGGCCCGCAGACUGGAGCCAGGCGAGUCCGUCGAGAAUUCUAUGGAAUAUGCCACCCCGUGUAUCAAAGCCAUCAGCCCCAGUGAGGGCUGGACCACCGGCGGGGCGAUGGUCAUCGUCAUCGGGGAGAACUUCUUUGACGGGCUGCAGGUGGUGUUUGGCAGCAUGCUCGUGUGGAGUGAGCUAAUCACGCCGCACGCUAUCCGUGUCCAGACACCUCCUCGACACAUCCCCGGGGUCGUGGAGGUCACACUGUCUUAUAAAUCCAAACAAUUUUGCAAGGGAGCGCCUGGACGCUUCAUCUACACAGCCCUAAAUGAGCCAACUAUAGACUACGGUUUCCAACGUCUUCAAAAGGUCAUUCCUCGACAUCCUGGUGACCCAGAGAAACUAGCCAAGGAGAUUCUCCUGAAGAGAGCAGCAGAUCUUGUGGAGGCCCUGUACGGAAAUCCACACAGUAAUCAGGACAUGCUGCUGAAACGUGCGGCCGACAUCGCCGAGGCGCUCUACAGUGUCCCCCGUCCUCACAGUCAGCUGCAGGCGCUGCCCAGCUCACCAGCCCACGGCAGUGUCAUGGGCCUGGGCUCCUAUCCUUCUCAGUUAGGCGUCAGCAUCGGGGAACAUGGACAGAGCAGCCAAGGUUACAUUCGAAAUUCCAGCAGCUUGUCUCCAAGGGGUUACCCAUCAGCCUCCACUCCUCAGCAGUCAGGCUACGGGGGCAGCGGAGGCAUGACUGGAGGCUAUGGGACAGUUCCCAUGACCAGUCUAGGAGUACCUGGUUCUCCUGGUUUCAGCAGUGCCUCCCCCACAGGCUCUCCCUAUAUAAUGCCCUCCAGCCCUACUAUACCAGGAAGCUCCAGCUCUUCAUCGUCUCUCUUGCCUUUCUCCUCCUUCCCGUCUGCUGCUAAACAGAAGAGUGCUUUUGCUCCCGUCCUCAGGCCCCAGGGCUCUCCCUCCCCUGCCUGCCCGGCCUCAGGGGGAAACAGCUUCAGAGCGAUGACGGGCCUGGUUGUUCCCCCGAUGUAGCAAAGCACCCACUCCAAUCUACCCCAGACCACUGCUUCACUUAGCCUCUCUUUUGGCAUUAAGAGGGAAGGGAGAAUGGAAAAUUGAUCACUAGCGACCAUGUAUAACUUUCCCUCCUGAGCCCCCCACACCUGCCAUUUCUUAGUCCCUUUUUCAUCCAGGUGGAUGAACAGGACGGGGUACGAAAAUGUCCAAAGACCAGCCAUCUACUCUGUGUGUGUGUGUGUGUGUGUGUGUGUGUGUGUGUGUGUGUGUGUGUGUGUGUGUGUGUGUGUGUGUGUGUGUGUGAUGAAGCGUCUGCAUUUUGAAAGGAAACAAAAGGAGAACUGAAGCUUCAAAAGCAUCUGUAUUUACCUCUGGCCUGCUAUCACAUGCAGUAUGUGAUUCUUCCAACAACCUUCCCAAACCUUGGCCAGAGACGUACGGGACACGUUGCGAGAGCACUGACGGACUCUAAGAACCUCUAAGAAGCAGGGUGCUAUUUGUCUGUGUAUGGACUUAAAUGGCAUGUGUGUACACUGUCUGUGAGUUAGCAAGAAGUUUUUUUGUAGUAGACUUUUUGAAGACAAUUUACAUUCCAGAAAAAUAGACCCUUUAUUUUUUGUUCUGAUCUCUGCGGUUUUACAAGGGAGAACUCUUUGUCUCAAGGGUUAUUACUAAAGGAAUUCAUAUAUUGAUUUAUUUAAGAACAAGCAAUUUAACUUAUUAUAGGUAGUUUAGGGAAUAAUAUAAACGUGUUUUUAUAAAUUGGUCCUUUUCCAACUGUUACUGAAAUAAAGUUAUCUCAACAAUUGCUAAUUAAUUUGCUGAAUGAUCAUAGGGAAAUAUGGCGGAGAACAUAACAAUAACACACUUUUUUGGAACAAAACAUCCCCAGUUUUCAGGUUCUUGCAUAACAAAAUCUUAAUAUUGUGCUCACAUCUGAAGGAGGUUAUUGUCCUUGUGUAAAGGAAAAAUAUUAGUUAGCCUUAUCCUUUUUAAUUUCACUUAUAAUGCAUGCUUUGUCACACCAAUGCCCUGAUAUUAUUUCACUCAACAUUGCAAAUUUAUAUGACUAUAGCUUAUAGAUUUUACAGUUUAAUUUUAAACCUCUCAACCCAGUACAGGUCUCCAGUCACUAUGCAGUACAGUAAAUGAAAGCACAAACUGCUCAAUUGAAGAACGGGGCAUAUUAGGUGUUCAUUAACCCAUAUCAUGCUGUUCUCACUCAUUGAUUUCUGUCAUCACAACACAAACUUCAUUCUCAGGAUGUGAAAACUAAGAACACAGAAUAGAUGACAUUUGCAAAUGUGUUUUUAGAGUUUGGUUAAUUUUAUUUAUUUAAAAAAAGUAUUAGCAAUUUAUUAUUAUGUUUUUUGAAGCCACCUUUCUUUGAAACGGUACAAAAAAUGGUGCAAAUGUGAUUUGUAUAUCUCAAGUCUCAAGGUGUAAUUAUAUUUUGUGCUCCAAAUAAAACAAAUAUGAAAAAAGUCA